AUGGAUCUUGCAGAUAUCAGCGUAGAUCUUUGGAUAAGAUGCUUAGGAGACGACUCUUUGCUGCAGCGUCUGUGGGAUAGCAUGAGGCUCAACUACAGAGACUAUUUGAGAUCUCCACUCUUCCCCAUUGAUCUGACUGUGUCCUCCUACUUUGUCUUGUGCAUUCCUUUUCUUGUUUGCGACAUCAUGGGAGAAAGGUGGCCAUGGGUGCAGCAAUUCAAGUUACAACCUAGCCGUCGUCCUACAGCCUCUAAACUGCUGCACUGUGCAGGCGUCACCUUGUACAACCAUGCGUUUCUUGUGCUCCUAGCGUCGGUGGCCCAGUGGGCAUGGAGACCGCCUGUGGACCUGCCGGACCGGGCUCUGUCCCUGCUUGAACUGAUUGCUGGGGUGAUAAGCAACCUCCUGCUCUUUGACUUCCAGUACUUCAUCUGGCACCUGCUCCACCACAAGAUCCGCUGGCUCAUCUCUUGA